ACCCACAACAGUUGCCUCAGAAUGAAAAUCUUGACACACCGAGACAUAACGGGGGUUAGAGAGGGGGAAAAAAAAGAACCACACACUGGCUGAAGAUUUGAACAGAUAUCACUAAUAUUCAUCUGAAGCUUCAUCAUGCGUGUGUUCAGCUCCUGGCAUGCGCUGUGCGUGCUCGGCUUCGCGGUUGCGUGCUUGUGUAUGAACGGGAUCCAGUACGAAGACUACCCGUACAACUACGACAAUGAAAUCUCUGAGGACCAGCAGGAGGGGGAUCCUGCGAGCACACCUUGCCCGGCUGUGGAUUUCUCCCGCUGGGACAAGCUUUUCAUCGCUCUGGAGGAUUCGCACAUGAGGCAGAACAUGCUGCUGGAAUCUUUGGAGCAGUGCCGUGGAGGAAUGGUCUCUGUCAAGUCCCAGGUGGAACGGCUGGCCCGGGGAACGUGCCAGCAGUGCUUGCCCGGCAUAGAGGCAGCGUGCAAGGCAAAGGCGGAGCAGGCGAGCCUCAAGCUGCAGCGAGGUUUGGUGGAGCUCGCACAGGGCGAAGUGGAGAGGGAGAGGAGGCUGAAUGCUACUUUGCACAUGCUCCUGCACAGCAGUCAUGAGGAGAACUCUCGGCUGAAGCGUCUGGAGAAAGGUCUCAGCCACAGAGUGCCGGUGUCAUCGGGUCCAGCAGACGGUAGAACGAGAUACCAGCCGACAGCCAGACCUGCAGGUUUGAGUCCACCGUUCGGCUUAGGGACGAGGCCGCCGUCGUCCUCUGGCCCAAAGGAGCCGGAAGUGACGUCGCCGAUGGACAUGGCCACAAUGGAAAAAGCCCUGGUUGCCAUAGCAACAGAGCUGCAGAGAGUCCACCUGCAGCUGAGCAGAGUGAUAGAGCAGGCGGGAACAUCGAGGAAGGACAGUGGAGACUGAAUAAUCCUGAGUGAGAAAAACAAAAGACUGACGUUUUGCACAUACUCGUUGCUUUUUCCUUCUUUUUUUUUAUUAUGUUGUCUGUAAAGGAUCUUUUUAAAGCUUGUGUAUGUUUGGUAACAAUAAAAUAAAAUCAAGGGUAACACA